ACAUGAUUUUAGAGCUGAUCUACUAGGAACACAUGGAAAUAAGUAUAGCUCAAGAACCAGGGAGAGGAUACAGGAAGAGGCAGAUGAGCUGAGCCCACAUUAUUCACCAGGUUGCAGUUUAGGGAAAGCUGCUACUUGAGAGUGAAAAACUCUCCCUUCUUAAGAAACCAAGAUGCUUUCUACAUAUGUAUGGACUGCACAAUCAAAUAGUACUUGUGUAACCUCCAUUGACAUGGAACUCUUCCUGCACUAUUCACUCAUUCCAUCAUUUUUCAUAAUUAUGGUUCUGUCCUUCCUCCAAAGAAGAGUUCAUCACAAGCAGCUAGAUGACAAGUCAUACCUCCUUGGUAGCCGUUUUGGGAUUGUAAUGCCGCUGGAUUUUAUCGGAACAUUCAACAAUCGAUGGUCAUAUGGAAUUGCAUUUGGAGCUACAGCCAAUAAAGUAAUGUUCUUAUUUUCUGAGGGCUACCAGCCCCUGCAAGUACCACAAUGGGCCCAAGCUAUUGUGCUCCUGAUAGGAGGAAUUGAAGUUGGACUCUCACAUUUCCCAUUUUUUGCCUGCCUUUCAUCAGAAUUUCGACUAAUAAGCUCCAUCCUUGGAUUUAUAUACUCUUUAAUUUGGUUUGCCAUCACAGUCUUGCAUAUUGUGCAGUGUCCACAUGGACAGCUAAUUGGAGCAUACGAAACAGUUAUUUUCUAUUGGCCUUCCUUGCUGUGUCUGGCUUUCCUCUUAGGCCGUUUUGUUUACAUGUUUGUAAAAGCUCUGAAGAUUCAUCUAGGUUUGGAGGUUCAAAAUGAGGAAAGAUCCUUUCUGGAAGUUCAUCAAGCAGAGCAUGUAAAACAACUGAUGAGGAAACCACCAGAACAAGAAAAAGAGAAAUCCUGGUUUCAACGCAGAAUCUAUGAGUGGGAUCCAUAUUUUCAGUUCCCAAGUCGAAUGAUUGGUGCUACUGUGUUAGCUUUCAUCUGCUUAUAUCUUUUCAUUAUAAUUGAAUUUUGCAUGUACACAUACAUUGUACGAGAGCUAGACAUGUUUGAGGAGGGACUGGAGAGCUACAUUGCUUCAGUUAAUGAGACAGGAGUACUGACACCAGCUAUUCUACGGAUAAAGGAGCUGAUUAACGUAGCAAAAGGUGUUUGGAUGCUGACCAUUUUUUCUGCCUCCCUUACUUGUAUAAGCUAUUUAUUUCACAUUUUAGCCUGCUACAGAAAACAUAUAAAAAGGCUGUGGUUAGGUGAGAAAAACUUUAUCCCUUUGAAGUUUCAUAAUCCGUCUUCUUCCAAUAGUGUGGUGGCCAUAGCAAGAUAUUCAGGUUGGCAAAUAGCAUAUAUUUUGUGGGGUUACCUCAUCAUUCAUGUGGUCCAAUGUCUGUUUGGUGUGAUGAUCAUGUAUGGUUUGGUUUUACCAGUAAUUCAUAACCAAGGACUAGAAAUGCUGAAAGGUUUGGGAAUUGGAAUUCUCACCAUUUCUAUUGUUGUGGGACUCAUGGUUUUACAACUAAAGAUAGCUGCAAGAUUUUUCCUCCAGCCAAAGAUUAAACCUGGAGAUAAGCAAAAACCAUUAGCUCUAAAUAAUAGGAAAGCAUUUCACAACUUCAAUUAUUUUCUGUUUUUCUACAAUGUGCUUCUGGGCCUGGGAGCUUGUUUGUUCAGACUAUUUGUCAGUUGUAUCCUGGGAACCUGGUUAAUAGCACGCAUAGACAGGACUAUCAUGCAGAAUGGUUAUGAAGCUGCAGAUAUGGGAUUCCAAGCCUGGAUUGGCAUGCUGUUUGUAGACCAUUAUCAUACCAACCCUGUACUCGUUGGUUUCUGCCAUAUUUUGUUGAUGAGCAAUAAUGAAAGGAAACUACAGAAGUCUAUCCCCUACUGGCACUUAAAUCCCUCAUCUGGUUCAAGUGAGUCUGUCAAAGAAGAGAAAAUGAGCAGAUCACAGGUACCAGUACCACAGGAGAAACCACAAGAGAUACUUGACAAGGCUCAACAAGAAAGAGAAACUAAUUCAUUAAUGAAUAAUAGUGGUGCCUCCAGCAAGGAGGAUGCCACAAACAAUUGUGUUACCCCCAAAAUUGUGUCUGAAGAUGAGAAAAUCUUCUCUGAAAUCCAAGAGGAGAAACAAAACCUGGAAAAAUUAAAAGUAUCUAUGGACAAAUACUUCCCAACCUCACUAGAUGUGGAUGAUAUCCAAGAAUUUUCAAAGGAAAACAAAGAUGAUUUUGGAGAAGACUCUGGAAAAGACAAAGGUUAUUUCAUACCAUUAGGUUCUCUGCCAAGCAACCUCCAGCCACAGGCAUAUAAGAGUGCCAUGGAAGUUAUCAGAGAUGCCAAGAACAUCAUCAGAAAACUCUUGUACCAGCUCUAUGAAGCAAUUGAAUUGACCUACCAAAGCAAGCAAGGUUCUGAAGAUCAGAAGAAUUACCACAAGGCACUAUUUGAGCUGUGGAUUAAAUGGAGUGAAAGCCAGUCUGAAGAUACAGAUGAUGAUAUACAGCUCCUGGAAACCCGGACUCUGGGUAUGUCCAGUAACAUUGCCCUAAAAUUACAUUCUGCCUUCAUGGACCUCAUGCCUAAAAUCCAAGGUCUCCCAAACAACCUACAAGACAAGCUCCAACAAGCCUGUUUUGAUAUGCAGGAUCUUCAUACCACUUUUGCUCUAAGUACUGGGUUUCAUGAUCUAGACAAAAAUCAUCUAACCCAGAGCCAGUUUAAAUUGACCCAAGCCCAGAGAAAUAUAGAAGAAUUGUUUUGUUUCUUAGAAGAUGGUAUGCCUUCUGGUUGGAUUAUAGGACCAAUUUCUCCCUCUGAAUAUCCCUUGCUAGAAGGGGUAACACUCCCUAAAGAAAAAGAAUCUUGAAUUGUGGUAUGCACUCGGGCUGAUACUUCCAGAUUCCUAGCAAACUAUCUUAUGAUAGUUUAUGGUUAAUAACUAUACUCUGUAUACUUCUUGAAUUAUGCAAAUAAAGUUGCAUUGAAAACUAA